AUGCAACCAAGAAAUUCACAGGACUUGCGAAUUGUCAAAUUACAAAAUACGUUACAUCAGCGCAAUAAGCAGCUAGAUAAUGAAAAAAAUCGUUUUCAAAGACUGAAAAAGGACUUCUUGUAUAACCUACGACUCCUUGAAGACAGAGAUCGAGAACUUCAAAAGUAUGAUGCGUUGAUAUCUAAAUCAAAUUCUUCCAAUUCAUCAGUCUCUGCAGAAGCCCGUCAAUUGAGGAUUGAUAAUGACAGACUGAAAAAGGAGCUAGCACAACAAGAAUAUGAACGCGAAAGACUGCAACUAUUACAUCAUCAAAGGAUGGAAGAGCAACAAGUAAAAAUUAACGAACAUCGCGAAGAAGCUGGAAAACAACUGCAGGAGGAGCGCAGGCAUCAUCGCUUACGUUAUGAAGAGUUACAGCGUCAAAUGAUGAACUCAAGAAAAUCAAUGAAACCAAAUAAUAGUCAAGCCUUUCGUUACUUUAACAGCGAAAUCAAAAGAGAUUUAGAUAAAAUGAAGCACACAGCGUUUGACACAUGGGAAGAUAAAAACCACUGCCAUGUUGUCGAACAAAAUGAGGAAGAUAUUGUACGAUUGAAAGAUCUCAUUCAAAAUAAAAAUUGUGAAUUAGACAAUACCGUAAGGGCGAAGGACAAUCGCAUCUUCGAACUUGAAUCUGAGAUUAAGACAUUGAAAAGUCACAUUCGUAGAGUUCAAGAAGAUUUCUUAGAAAAGAAUUCUUUAAUGGAUCAAACGCUUCAAGAAAGAGAACAGGUGAUAGCAGAAUUGACGAAAGCUAAGCAUGGGAUGGAAAUGAAGUUAAACGAGAAAAACCUUAACCUAGAAUUAAGCUUAGACGACGCAAAAUUCGAGAAACUUCGCUUACAACGGGAAUGUAACAGUCAUACAGAACAAGCCCAAAAUGACAAAGUUUCUUUUCAAAAACAGAUUGCUGGAUAUCAAUGCAAAAUGGCUGAAGCAGAGAAAGAAUAUGACGAUACAGUUUCUAUAUUAAAACAACGAAUCUAUUCCUUAACAAAGAACCAAAAACGGCUAGAAUCAGAACGAGAUAUGUGUCGUAAAGAUCUGGAAUCUUAUCAAUACAGUUUAGGUAAUACUCUUAAAUGUUUUAUAACUCUCGCUAGUUUGAAAGAACAAGCAGAAAUUGAUUGGAAAUUAAAGCUAGAGGAAAUUAGUACCACUUGCUACAAUCGCCAGGAGGAAAUAUUUUCUGCCUUAAUAAAAGCUAAAGACGAGACUUUAGCAAUAGCUGAAAAAAGUCAUAGUAAACUGCAACCAACAGAUAGUCACUUACAAGCCAUUACACGAAAUCAGGACGGAAUAUACAACAACACGCCAAUCUUGCAACAAAAUGAAAUAUUAAAAUUAGUUAUUAAAGAAAUGCGAUAUGAAAUGGAAGCACUUACUAAACGUUUAGCAGAAUCAGCUAAUAUAAAUAACGAAGAAGAAUAUUCAAUUGGCUCAGGGUCAGUUAAGCAUCCGACGUGGAGAAAUCUGACUGAGCUUCUACGUGAUACAGUUGAAACGUUGGAGAAUCGGAUAUUAGCAAGGGAAAUUGAAGUUGAAACCGCGAAUACUAAGGCAAUUUUGUUACCAAGUACUCAACAGAAAAUUCAGCAUGAUGCAGAUCAACGGAACCUCUCAAUUUGGCAAAUGCGACGUGAUAAGACUCUACAGCGUUAUCGAUUCGCAGAGAGAGAAAAAAUGCUAAGCCAUCAUAUAUCUGAAUUGCAAUCACAAUCAAUUGGAAUACGGCACCAAGAAUACAAAAAUAAAUGCAGCUUAAUGUCGUCAACUGACGAACGUGAUGUUAAUCAAAGCAUGUACACUCAUAAUAACAUCAAUGAAAAAAUUGAAAAAAAUUUGAGUUUGUUGCAAUGCGAAAAUAAGAAACUAAAAAAAAGGUUAGGAAAAGCGCUGAAGUAUAUUUCCCAAUUAGUAAAGGAAAGGGAAAAACUUUUGGAUGUUGGAAAUAAGUUACGUUAUCGAGCAAUUCAACAAGAUCAAGAAAUUGUCCAAUUAUCGGACGUUUCAUCCCGGCACGGUGAUAACUAUUGGGCAUCUGAUCAGAUAAAAGACUCAAAGACUGAACCAAAGACUGAACCAAAGACAAAAUUACAGUGUUUGGAAGAGCUGCACUACAAUAUAGCUUCAGAAGAAUUGCGUAACGAAAACAGAAAGAUCAAGGGUAAAUUGAUUAAUCAACAAUCAAAUGAUAAUAUAAACCUGAGCUCAAUCUCUCAUGGAAUUAAAGAAGUUCUACAAGCUACGAAUUCUGACUUCAAUCAGGAAGAGAAGGCACGCUUUGAGGAUUUUCCUAUGAGUUAUGAGCCCUCAGAUAAUGACGUCAUAAGUUUUUUGAAUAGUAAUAUAUCUUCCGUAGACGGAGAAGAUAAAAUUUUGCAGUCACUGUGGCAGAUGAUCGAUGAUAAUAGGGAUACCAAUUCUAGUACUUUCUCACCUUGA